AUGUCGCUAAUGAACGCGCUGGUAGUCGGUGCGAUUUGCAAAGACCCGAGUAGAAAUUUGAAAACGGUGCCGUCCAAUUUGCUGAUCGCCAGCCAAGCCAUUGCAGAUUUCUUUGUUGGCCUAAUCCAUGACCCGUUGUGUGGCUGGUGGAUUUUAACGUUCUCAUCGACCGCCGCUCACGUUAUAGAGGCUGUCAGCUCCCUUUUCUUGGUUGCAUCGGUUUUACAUGUUGUCGCGUUGUCUUUCGAUCGUUAUAUUGCUGUUUGGCGGCCAUUGAGCUACCCCUCUUUCGUCACCAAGAAAAAAGUGACCAUCUGGUGUAUUGUGAUAUGGUCUUACAGUUGCACGGCAUACCGCAUUGUGCUCAGAGAGCUUAACCAUCCGAUUGUCAUCAUAAAUAUCCUAUCUGGAACUCAUACCAUUUUGCCUUCAUUCAUAAGCGUAAUUUUCUACAUCCGUAUUUACUUUGCAUUGCGAAACAACAGGAAAAGGGCCUGUGUAUUGGAUGAUUCAGGGCAAAUAGUAGCGAACGCAUAUAGAAGAGAAAGGAACAUGACAAAGGCUAUGAUGGCAGUCUUGGGUCUUUUUCUCCUGUGCAUCACACCUUGGUUUCUUCUUUACCAAGUCAUUGGUGCUUGUCCAACUUGCAGCGAACACACAUCUGUUGAAAUGUACUUGUUUGCAAUAUUUUAUUAUAUCUUUUUGCUGAAGUCCUUUCGAAAUUCAGAUCAGCCUUCAAAAUCAUGCUAAAAACCAAUAGGAUCUUACGGACUGACAGAAUAGGGACUACAGAAACCCGCAACUAAGAACCUACAUUUUUAGGAGUUAGCCUAAACAGGUUCUUAUAUAAAUGGUAGUUAACAGAAUUUUAGGCUAUUUAGGUUCUUAAAAUGGGUUCUUAAUCCUGGAGAAAAAACAAUUAAAACACAGCUGCAAACAAGUUGGUCAUUAGCUUAUACUUUUAUUUUCUUCAGCCCCACCCCAACCUCCACCCCCAAAAAAACAUAUCUUGCACUCAUUUUUCUUUAAAAAACAUUUUUACAACAAUGGCAAUCUGCUUUUUUUGCUUCAAAUAUGAUUCUUGCAAUGCAGCUGUAAUGUACUAGUAUGAUUUUAGAAAAUAAGAACCUGUUUUAAAUUUCUUAUGCUAAAUAGGUUCUUGUUUAUAGGGAGUAUAAAUGACCAAUUUUAGGCUAACAGGUUCUUAAUUUUUAGGUUCUUAGUUGCGGGUUUUUACUGUAUGACAAAUUAACCAUGGAAGAUCUCGAUUGUUUGUGUUGUUUUGUUCUCUAACUGUACUGCAUGAUUCCCUAUUUGAUACGUGCAUAUUAGUCAUGAUCGAAAUGUAAAAUUUACGAAGUUCCAGAUGUUCCCAUCCUAAUUUGAUCACUCUAGAAUGACUGGAAAAGAGCGUAUUGAUUUAUGUACAAGUAUACUUUGAUUUUUUUUUUCAACAACUGCCAUUCCAAGCCUUAUCAAAUAAUUUCAAUUUUAUACAGUAUUGAUUAAUGUUCUUUAAAUUAACCAAGAUAACACUAGUGUGUACCUAAGCAUGUUCAUGAUUUGUCAAAGACCUUGGAGUAAUUUUUGAUCCCACACUAUCUUUUGAUAAUUAUAUUUCUACUACAGUGUCGUCUUGCAUGUCGAAACUAUCUCAAAUAAGCCGCAUUAGAUUCGUUUUUAAUAAGGAGUUACACUUGAAACCGAAAUAACCGCGCUCGUUUCCAGCAAACUGUAUUACUCUUCGUCGGUAUGGUCAUCCACCUUACUGCCUGUAAUGUUCGUAACUUACAAUACGUUCAAAACUUUGUCGCGCGAAGUAUUUGCAACGUAAAGAAGUAUGACCAUAUCUCUCCUAAGAAAUCUACGUUAGCUCCCUGUAAAAACACAACUGUCUUGUCGGGAUGCUACUUUAAAAUUUAAAUGUAUGACGGGUCAAGCGCCCGAAUAAUUAAGAUAUAUGUUUACUACAAGGGACAGCGUAUCUGGACGUACAACCAGAAACUUUCAACAACUAAACAUUCCUCUUUUUAAAACUGUGACACGGCAGAAAACUUUUUUAAUUAAAGAAGUGUAUCUGUCUGGAAUAAGCUAGAUUCAAGGAUCAAAUUAUGCAAGAAUUCCGCUUCCUUCAAAAGAGCUUUAAAAAAUCACCUUCUGAAUAAAUUUUGAAAUUGACAAUAAUUUCAUUUUAAAGAUAAAUAAUUCAUAUUGUAUACAUUGACCGUAUGAAGUUUAAGUUAGCAAGCUAUUUCAAUGUAACUUAAAUGUAAAUCGUCGCCCGAAUGAUGUCAAUAGGUCUUGUAUAUAUAGAUUUUGCUCUUGUAAUCCUGUAAAUUAUUAUUUUUUAAAAUCCUAUUUGAUCACUGAAAAGCCCCAGAUGUGGAUGUGUUCAAUAAAUGUGUGUAUCUAUUUUAAUUAUUAUUAUUAUUUUUUUUUAUGAGAUUAACCCGUCGGGCAGAAUGAUAUAGAUACCAAUCGUUUGGACAUUAUCUUAACGAUAUAUUGGAUAACGAACGAAAUGAAAAAAUAUACCACUCGUAUCUAUAGCAUUAUUAUUAAUAUUAUAUUUAUCAUAAUUAUUAUUUUAAAUUCAUUUAUUAUUUCAUUCAUUUUUUCCUAACUCUGAAUAAUAAACAAUUCAGGAGCUCCUGACAAUUGGGUUAGGCUUGCCUUAUCGCAACCCUUUCCUGAUCUAUAGCCCUAUCAAAAAUACGACACAAGCCGCCAUUUGGCUCAAGCUCUUCCCAUAAGCCUAUUAACCGUGGAUGACUUGGUCUUUCACGAUUUUGUCUCCGCUUUCAAACAUUCAGUUUGCUUGUAUAUAAGACUGCAUAAUUAGCCCGGUUAUAUUUCAUCUGCAUGGCAUACUCUUUCCACCUCCCCCUCCCCCUGCCCUUCCUGUCUGAGGUUUUUUUGAUUUUUUUUCCUAGACGAUAAAACAUCAGCAACUGACAUUUUCAGUAGCUCUUCGUUUAUUUCUCCUGCGUAUUUUGAAACAAGUUUAGAGAUGGUCAGUUACCAUGGUCACGAGAUAUGACGUCAUAACUAGCAGGUGGUCAAGCCAUUUUUGAGUGAAAAUGCAUGUUUUUUCAAAUUCUUUCAACAAUAAAAGCAAAGCUUGUGGAUGAAGUGAUGCAAAGUGGUUAUUUAUGUGUUAUUUUACGUGUCACGCACAAAAAAUACCGUUUUUCGCGGUCUUAAUCUGAUUUCUUAUUCUUGGCAAAGUCGAAGAUGGCGGCCAAGGUGGCGACCAUUAUUGUUGACGUCACAGGGCUCCAGCAGCGCCACCACCCAUAAAUAUACCUCACUGAGAAAGAUCAAAGGCUUUCUACUGAAGGCAAAAGUGUUUCGAAAUACCGCAACAUGUCAAAAAACUCUGGGGAGAGGUUCCAUCAACAUUCACCCCCCUUGUAUUACGGUGGGGGUAUAAAUUUGUCUGCACGUCUGACGUUAAAUAAGUAUAGGUUGCGCAUGAUCCUGGGGUCAAACCUUUCACUUGCAGUUAAUAUUAAUUUAUAAAGAAAUUAACAUUUUCUUGAAUCUUGGACAAAAUUUCCACAAGAUAACAGUCAAGCGCCAAAAGCUCUAAAAUUUAAUCGUCAACCGUCAAAAUUGGAAAAAAAAAACGUCAAAAGUCAAAUCUCCUUGCUUUGAGACCCUCUUCUUAUGGGAAAGAAUUAAUACCCCUCUUCUAGUUAUUCCUGUUUCCUUAAAAUACAUUUUCUCUUAGAUAAGCAUAAUCUGCGGAAGUCCAAAGUCACGCGCGGAAAGGGAAGUCGUGAAUAAAAUAAAUGUUUUAUAAGUUCAUGUUGAAUUUACCUGAUUCAGCUGUUUUAUUCCUUUUUUAACAAUUAUUUAAAGCUCUUACUUUUCUAUCAAUUCUUUAUUUUUGACAACAGAACCGAACUUUACAUUUACACCUUUCUGAACUUGGCAGCGAUUAUCAUAUUCUAUGUUUUGCUCUUCCUGUAAUCGAUGUUAAUAUGCAAAUGAAACGAGAUACCUCUAUUAAGUCAUCAAAAACAGGAACAGCAUUUGGACCGUCUUUUCUAUAACAGCAAUCUCCUUGCAAUAUGAAUUCCUGUCGCCAACACAAGAGGUGUAUGACGGAUUCCCUGUACUGAAAGAAAAGAAAAGCUUCAGAUUUUAACUCCACGGCAAUGCAGUUUUCAAUCACCGAUGUUACAACAUUUUCUACCCAUGGAAAAAAAACCGUCUAUGUCUAGAAUUUAUUUAUUCCUACGCGAAGUAUAUUUGUAAUUACAAAAGAUGUCUCGCAUUGGAAGUCCAUGGACGAUUUUUGCGGGUAAGUCUUCUUCUAUUAGUUAAUAUUUUGUUGUUUAAAAAGGGGUAAAAAGAGGUUAUUAUAGAUUGCUUCGGAAACUUAUUUCAUCACAACUCACUUUUUUGCCGUCUUCAAUUAAAGGAAAAGUUGUUUAAUUAGCAUAUUCGUGUUUAUUUUUUAGUCGACACAAUGGAAGUUAUAAGCAUGCUAAAGGAAAAGAUAAUCUUCACUACAACGAUCGCGCGGGUAUAUAUUACAUAAAGUAUUUUUCUCUUACAGUAGAAACUAAGAUGAUAUUGUAAAACGUUUACGAUGGGAAUAUUUCAGGCGAGGUUAAAACGAUCGACUAUUUUGGAAGUCAGUGAACGUCAUGUUACACAGGUUAUGAUACAUCAAAACUGAAAGAUGGAGAGUUCGGUGAAAACUUUCGUAUAACAAUAAUUGUAAAUGCCACACCACUCAUUAAUAUCGAUUACAAAAUUCUGUUCGCCGGCAUUAGCAAUCCAAGUUCGAGUUUGUGAGGGCUUCGCAAAUGUUUGAGAAAUUUCUGCUGUAAUUGACACCAGUUUUUCGAAACGCGAGCAAUUAUAAGUAUGCUAAAGGAAAAGAUAACCUUCACUACAAUAAACUUCGAUCGCGCGGGUAUAUAUUACUUGGAGUAUUUUUCCUUUACAGUAGAAAGUAAGAUGAUAUUGUAAAACGUUUACGAUGGGAAUAUUUCACGUGAGGUUAAAACGAUCGACCAUUUUAGAAGUCAGUGAUCGUCAUGUUACGUAGGUUAUGAUACAUGAAAACUGAAAGAUGGAGAGUUCAGUGAAAACUUUCGUACAACAAUAAUUGUAAAUGCCACACCACUCAUUAGUCUCGAUUACAAAAUUCUGUUCGCCGGCAUUAGCAAUCCAAGUUCGAGUUUGUGAGGGCUUCGCAAAUGUUUGAGAAAUUUCUGCUGUAAUUGACACCAGUCUUUCGAAACGCGAGUAGUUAGUUUAUUAGAGGACAGUUCUAUAUGGAUUUAAAUACGUACAAAAUCCUCGUGCUAAUUUUCCAUUUGCGUUAAAUAAAGAUAGCACUAAGAGUUUUGGCUUUUUUGCGUGUCUUUAAUAUAGAAUAUGGGAAGGAAACAUAUACUUGAAAUUUACUGAACUGAUGUGUUACUAUGGCAUGCACCUGCGUGCUUCUCAAUAAAUAGUGCUGUCAAAAUGCGACAGUGAUUAAUGCGCAGUUUUAGUCAGUCAGGUGAUUGCAUUUUAAUUUCCCUAAAAAGUUUUAAGUUCCAGAAUUUUCUGCUUAAGGGUGUAUUUUCAUUGUCGUAUAAUUUUAUGUGCGUACACGCGUUAAAUGUAAAUUUUACUGGCGAAAAUAAGAUAGAGGCAAGGUAAUGUAUGAAUUAAUUCAUACAUUGACUCUAUCUGAUUUUCGCUAGCAAAAUUUAAAUGCGUGCGCAAGUAAAACUUACUCUACAGUGGUAAUCCAUCUUAAGGGGGAUAUUUUUUUGUUGAUCUUGCCCCCUAGAGUCAAGCGUUUAGCGACUAAAAUAUGUCACUUCCCAGCAAAUUUUUUUCAGCAGCUUAACUUACAAAGAAACAGAAACUCAAGUUCGCUGAGUAGCCUACUGUAGGUUCAAGGGAAUAUUUUCCCCUUCACUACUCUCCGCACAUUGGAAUGUAAUGUUAGUACAGAGACACGUGGAUUCGAACUUGGUCUAUUUAAAUUUGUAAAUAGUUAUCCUAACUUCUGCUUCAUUUCAGUUUUCGCAAAGAUUUGUUUGUCAGAAUACAACUUUGGUUGCGUCAUCACUCCAAUAAGGACGAACGUCAUCAAUGAAGCUCUCAACUGCUCCUUUAGUGGUCUCACUGUCGAAGCUGUAAACUGGACGAGAAAUGGACUACAUAUAAAAGAAGAUUUCAACAAAACUUGGUCAGCAGUAUCUGUUAACAGCAGUUCCCAUGACCAGGUUAUCGGAAAGUUCAAGUGUACCGCAAAGCGAGGUCAGAACUUGUAUUCAUGCUCGGCUAAUCCAAGUAAGUUGAAAUUUGAAGAUAAAUUGCAUUAAUCUUUAUUCGAAAUAUUUCGCAGUUUCUGGAUGAUAAGCUCAAAUUCCCCGGCUAUUUCUUUAUAACCAGCCUCCCCUCUAGGUCUUUUGCAAAGUUGGAAGGUGUAUAGUCAAUAUACAAUCGAGGCGUUGAGUUAUUGCCAAUAAUAGGAACUUCGUCCAGGCACCGGCGCGCAGCGCAGCGCGCCAGCGAAGGAUCAAUCUAGGUUUCUGGGAAACUGCCCUAAGCCAAGAUUUCGGCCCUAAGUGAGAAGUAAGUGAUAAUGUUGACAAAGGGGAGGGGUGGGUGGUCAGUUUCUCUAGAAACCUAAAUUGAUCCAAAAAGAAUUUCUAGAAAGAAAUGCACAAAUACGCAAUUCAUAUUACUCGACAGAUGUCGAGUGAUACUUUUUGAGGAGUAUCUGCAAUGAUAAAGUAUAGGAGAAAUUAAGGUUUUAAGAACUUAGAAAUAUUUGGAAUUGAAUUCGGCUCUCAUAUGAUUUGGGCCGAGAAGAACUGCUAUUAAUUCAAAGGCGGAAUAGCUAAAUUUCUAAAACUGAACGGAAGAAAAAGAUAUUGCUUGUUGGAAUUUAUCUACUACUUUUUGAUGAGCAUCUACAAAAGAAAUGUUUAUAUACUGAAACCGUGUCGAGAAAUAGUCUAUAGUUUUCAAGGAUGUCAGCUCCACGAAGAUAAGCUUGAUAAGGACUUAAAAAUAUUUCGAAUGGGAGGCUGUUAUGCCUUAUCAUCAAUAAUCAUAUUGUUAAACCACACCGAGUUCAUAGAACUGCGCAGUUCUUCCCUUCAGUUCUUUUCCGUCAGCUUCUUUCUUUCUUCCUAUUCUUUCCUGUCAUUGAAUCCCUCUUCAAAGUACACAUGGGCUUUAUUUUAUUUCGUUCAUAAAGGUAUUAUUAUUUUUUAAGGUAAACCGACCUUACAGCCCUUGCCUUCCGUUGAAAUAGUGGAAAAAGGACUUAACAAAAAGGUGGUUUGUAAAGCAAGUGGAUGGCCCGCACCUAAUCUUUCCUGGUGGAAAAAUGGAGUAAAGAUUUAUCAUGGUUAUAAAUAUAACUCAUACUCCAUCUAUCGCUCCAGUAGAGGGCCAAAUUUUAACGCGCUAAAUAUGAGGUUAAUUAUAGCUUCAAAUCACCAUCAUGGGACCUACACAUGUCGCGCCCACAACCUGUUUGGAACCUCCACACAAGAUAUCAACAUCAUGAUAAAACGUAAGUAAAGAUUUGCCGUUUAUAAUUAUUUUGUUAGGAACGUGGAACGAACAAGUUUUCUUAAGAAGAAGAGAGAAUAAAUGAACUUUGUGUUAGACCGUCAAGCAGAAAUUAAUGCCAUUCUCUCAGCGUAACGUAACAGACGAGUACAGCUCCUUAUGCUAAACUAGGGAGGAGGGUUGUUGAUGUCUAGAGACUAGCUUCUUAAAUUACGACUGUUUUUAAAAGGGCCAUGAUAUAACUAUUCCAUCUUUUUAAAAAGCUGAAAUGUGCCUUCAUAUCAGUUGCAUUACAAACAUAAUGGUCCAGUUUUGCUAUUUAAGACUAUAUUUAGGUAGGGAAACUGUUUCCUGUCGUCUUCUGCAACGGAUUGCAAGGAUCAGCAAUGGAUUGAAACAUGGCCGAAAAAUUAGCCCAACUUUUUUCAAGUUUUAAUGCCAUGCCUGCAAAAAAAAAAAACAAUAAAAAAUAUUAAGUUUAACACUGCUCUCUGAUUAAAUGGGUCUAAGUAAUGACAUCAGCACGGAAUUAACAUAGAACAGUAAUACCCUCGUGACAUAGUCCGAUCCCUUUAAGACAAGAAGGAAAAGGGGGAGUGUUGUCGUUGUAAAGAUACACGAUUUUCUUAUCUCGUUAAUUUCUUGGUAGUGGUAACAGAAGAAAUCUUCCUACCCAAUGAUAUGGACCAGUUUGCUGCUGUAGCAUUGGAAGGCAAGAAUACCACAUUAGAAUGCACUUGCCAACCGAAUAAAUGUAGUGAGGACAGCGCUUAUGUUUACUGGAAAUUCAAAAAGCAUUACGUUAAUCAAUCAGCAAGGACCAUGAUAUCUAAGAGAGGUCUGGACAACGGCCCGGUUAAAAUUGUGCUGACCAUACUCAACCUUUCGAUGGCUGACGAGGGGGAAUACUUGUGUGGAAUAAACACCACUCAGGGAUUUACAGAAAAGCAAUCAAAGCUGCAUGUCUUAAAAAAAGGUAGGAUAUUUUUCUUUAUAUUACAAAAAAAUAAUAAUAAAAUAAAAUAAAAUAAUGAUCUAAAAACUAUUUUUUCAAAAACGUCUUUUGCGCCGCGAUGCAGGGUCUUUACCUUGUUAGUCCCUAAAAAGAAAUUUUGCUUAGUUGGUCUCCAUAAAUUGUGUUAGACGUUUCAUCAAUCUUGGCAAAAGCUCACGAUUGUGGUAAUAUUUUUGGAUGAAGUCAAUAUGGGUACCAAAUAACUAUUUUACGAAUAUAUGAUCAUAAAACGACUUUAAUUUUCUGAUAAAUGGUAUGAUUAACAAGCAAAUCAAUCACGGUUAGAUCUCACUCACAAAAGUUUAAAUCUCUUCGCAGGUUCUUUCCCUUCCGCUCUGCCAAAGAACGAUUCUGUAAAGCUUCAUACUUCUGCGACACUAUCAUGCACAGUCAUCUAUCCGAAUGUCCUUACGACUACAUUACCAUUUAUUUACUGGAAAGUCAACCACACAUUAAUUACAGACAGUUCUAAGGAUUACAAAAUGAGAAAUGGCAUACCGCGCAAUCAUCCCAGUUUGACUAACACAAAAACAAAACUCCUCAGGCUUGAUUUCUUUAACGUCAGCAUGCAGGAUUUGGGUUGUUAUUAUUCCUGUGGCGUGAAAUUCAAUAAAGAUGUUUUGGUCGAGGCAACAAAAAUCUGCCUGCUCCUCCCGGCCAAGGAAGAAGCAUCAGGUAUUUUACAUCUUUUUAGAUACAGUAUUGAGUAGUCGUUGCCUAGUUUAGCUUGCUUUAUGUUAAAAUACAAGGUUCGAAAUCCUUUUGAAAUCCCGAUCGAGGUCGUUGAAACGUGACAACAUUAAAUUGUCAGUUUUUACGUGUUUUUGCAUCUUCUGGUAGUACUCUAAGUAUUGCUUUGGUGAAGUAUAUUUAACUUAUUUUAGCAGCUAUAGGAAGAUUCUUUUGGUAUUAAUUUUGAAAUCUAUAAAAACAUUGGAAUCAAACGAACGAAACCUACAGACAAUGGUUCCGUUAUUAUCAUCAUCAUCAUCAUUUUAUGUAAAAUAUCUACUACGACAACUUCACCAUAAUAGUCUUUGUCUUUCGAUGACCAAAAACAACAACUUCUGCCUUUUCCUUUUUUCUUUUAAACAUGUAUUUUUACAGAACCUGGUAAAUUUCCGCAGGAGCAUGGAUCCACGAACUCUCCAUUGGUGGCCAUUUCCUCCAUUACGGCAGGUGGUAUAAUAAUGGGUUUUGUCAUAGCGUUCGUUGCUUAUAGGCUAUGCCGCAGCAAGAGAAAUAGCGGAGAACCUUUUUUUGGUAAGGGUGUUCACAACUUCCCUAUAUUCUAUUCUCUUAGUAACCAUAGAAAUGACGCCAAAAUGUUCAAUACUAAAGUGCAUUCAGGAGUCGAAGCCCGGUGGUUUCACUGCAAAGUUUGAAUAUUAUACAUUAUCGCGUCUUUUCUAUGAUCGAGAAGGCAUAGAAAAUAGAAAUUGUUGUCGACUUGUACAAUUGAAUGAAAUUGAUAGUUUUUGAUGCCUACCUUCUUUAAGUUUCUCAAGAGGGAAAAGUGACAUUGAAAUCAUUUUUUUUUCCCGAAGAUCCCCCAGGGACAUAAGACAUUUUCAUUGUCGACGUGCGCUCCGGGUACUAAUAUCAGAGGCCUUAAGACCGAGGUUGAUCAUUUUACUGCAAACAACAAACUACGGUUUGCGGUUAACGGUUUCACGUUACCUGUCUGCCCAUAUUUGGGACUUAAGAUUUGCUGACGAUAGGUCGCGACUGCCAUGUUUGCUUCCAUUUAUCCACUUUCUUACCCCUAUUAUAGUCGAGAAAUUGCCUUUUGCAAUCGAUCUCGAUAACCAAUAUAUAAGCAAAAGAGUUCUGGAAAGUUGUAUUCCUACUCAAACGUGGGAUUGUGGUGUUGUAACGUAAAAAAAAAAACCUUUGCGGCAAAAAAGAGAAAUUACCAGUGGAAAAUCGUGGUCUUGUAGCCAGUUCUUGACGUGAACCUCAAACCUCAAACCUGACGGAAGAAAAAUUGACAAGGCCCAUGGUCACGUGACCUCUUGACGUUCGGUGCUUGCGUGAUUAUGCCAAAAAAAACCUCAGUUUUAAAGAAACUCUAAUUUCUUAGUUUCUUCUUUUGAAAAUUUCUUCAGUUCAGUGUCAAACGUGUGAUUGGGCGUUGGGGAAAAUUAAUUACCUCUGGAGCGUUGGAUGGAACCCCAACCAAACCUGACGCCAAGUUUCUGAUAUGUUGCAGUAUUUUAAAACCAUUUUACCUUUGGUGGAAAGCCUUUGAUCUUCUUAACAGCAUGAGGUAUAUUUUAGGUGUGGUGGGUCUGCUGGAGGCCUGUGACGUCACCAACAAUGGUCGCCAUCUUGGCCGCCAACUUGGAUUUUACCAAAAAUUAGGAAUCAGGUCAAAACCGCGACAAAUCUGUUUUUUUUUUGUGCUUUACAUGAAAAAUAACACAUAAAUAAGCCGUUUGCGGGAUUUUAGCCACAAGAUUUACUAUUAUUGUUGAAAGAAGUUGAAAAACAUGUAUUUUCACCCAAAAUUGGCUUGACCACCUGCUACGACGUCAUACGUCGUAACCAUAGCAACUGACAAUCACUAAACUUGUCUCAAAUUGUGCGCGAAGGAUGAAUGAACAGCUACACAAAACGUCAGGUACUGAUGUUUUAUCAUCUAAGAAAAAAACUCAGAAAAACCCUAUGGGGAGGCUUUCCACUAAAGGUAAAAUAGUUUCAAAAUACUGCAACUUAUCAAAAACUCCUGGGAGGGGUUCCAGUCACCCCCUCCUCCACCCCGACCCCACCUUGUACCACAGUGGGGGUAUGAAUUUGCGUGUACGCCCGAGGGUUAAAUAUAUUAGUUAGCGGUAUAGCGGUUCCGGUUCCUAAAACUAAGCAUGUAGCUUUCAUGUAUUUGACUGAAUUAAAAGAAUUUUAAACCGUUUUGCAAUUGCUCCCUUUAACUUAUUGCCCAUUUUCACUGAUAUGACCAUCAUUAAUUUGCCUUUUAACAGAAACUAAAGACAACGGUCGCAAGUUUCGAUAUGACGUGUUUGUGACUUUCAGCAGCCACGACUUGAACUGGGUUAAGAAAGAGUUGAUUCCGCUGGUGGAAAAACACAAACUCAACUACUGCAUACACCACAGAGACUUUGAGGUUGGCAAGCCUGUGGUAGACAACAUGGCGGAAAGCGUGUACACCAGUCGGAAAGUGCUAGCUGUUAUGUCACACAAUUAUCUUUCAAGCAAGUUUUGCCGCGGUGAACUGGAGAUGGCACUGUACCGAAGUACAGAGAUGGGUGACUCGUCCGUGAUCGUGAUGAGGAUUGAUGGCGUUGAUCGCAGUAAACUUCCAAAGGCGCUUCGUAACAGAACCUUCCUGGACUACAAUGACUUUGCCGAGAGGAAAAACUGGGAAGAAAGGCUGAUAAAGCAUCUCAAGCCACCACCUAUAGACAAAUCUCUGGAUAAAAACUCCACUAAAACGUACUCAAAGUUGAAAUCCACUGAAGUGUGA